GGCAUCAUUCCCACGCCGCCAUCAGCGCGAGCAUCAUCGUGUUUAUCGCCUCUUUUUUCCUUCCCCCUCACCCGUGACGACACUUCCGCCUUGCUGUGGACAUGACCCGCUUCGGCGACUUCGACUUGCUCUGCAAGGACGUCCCCUCGUACUCCUGGUGCAACCUCUUCUACCGCCAGGUUCAACGAGCGGAUAGCAGUCUCCUCCAAGGUGUCUCUGCCGACUCCGCCUCCGCGCCCGUGGGCGUCAACCCCACCUGUGGCAUCCAGACGGCCGGCACAGAUGGCUCGCUCGCGAACAUCGCCAACAUAAUCGUGAUCGCGCUCAGCAUCUUCUUCACCGCCGCUCUCAUCUUCCUCGCAAACCGUCGGAAGGCCGCCGUCGGACGUGUUGAGCUCCGCAGCUUCCUCAUCCUCUACUUCCUCUCCCUCCCCCUCCAGCUGCUCUCCAAUGGCGCCGUCCUCACGCAGGGCUCCACCGCGCUGGUCGCUCUCACGGCGCUGCACGCGGGCGUCGUCGCCGCGCUCUUCUGGUCAUUGCUCGCCAAUGCCCUCGUCGCGACGCAGGUCGUCGAGGACGGGACUAUGAGCUCUUUGAUUCCUUUCCACAUCGGUGUCGUCGCCUUCUUCGCCGCGACAACAUAUAUAUCCUUCGACGUCGCGCUCGGCAUCACGGACACCCUCGGUACCUCCAACCCCACGGAGGCCCUCCGGAGUAUCCCGCUGUUCGUGCUCACAAGCAUAUGGCCCGGCGCGGCCGCCCUGUUGUACUUCCUCAUCAUGGGCUACAUCGUGCUCGCUGUGUUGAACGAGAUACGCCCGAUGUGGUACUAUGUCAUCAGCGCGGUGCUCUUUGUGCUCUCCCAGCUCGCGUACUUCCUGCUCAGCCAUGUCGUUUGCAAGGGCUCGAAUGCGAAGGUCGACGGGUCGUUCAUCGCAACGCUGCUGGAGACCGCGAGCGUCGGCGUGCUCUACCUCGCGUGGAGAAGUAUAACAGAAGAGUCAUGGGACGAGGACGCGUACUACCAAUGAUCACGCGUCUAGCCCGGCGUGGGGCCGCGUCCUCCUAGUCUGGGACGCCUCCAGCUAGUUUGGUAUCGCUCCCAGCUAGCG